AUGUUACAGUACACAGCCGAAUUCAAUUCAAGCUCGGCGCGGACGAACGGCGGACCGAAUACAGCAAAUUACGGACCGAUGUUACCGGACGAAGAUAGCUUUGACGCGAAGCGGGAUCAGGUGGAGCGCGUACAACCACGGAACUUCGGCAUCCCCAUUGCCCGACUCCAUCAGAGUGUGAUAACUUAUGGGCGACAGUACACAGAAGAGUGUACGAGUGGAAAUCCCGCUUCUGUGGAAGCCGUUGCCGAUGAGCCUGUUGCUGCCGACCUUAUGCUGCUACCGACGAGCCCUGCUGCUGCUGAGGGUUCCCCGGAUAAAUUCCGUCCGACGAAAAUUUCUCUUGAGGAUGUAGCUCUAUACCAGAAAUAG